GUGCGGGGUGCGGGGAGCGGGACGGGGCGCGGGAGGGGGGGCCGCCCCCCUUGUGCGCGCCUUCCAGGUAACUGAUGUCUGAUGCUGCCCUUCCUCGGCAGGUGCGCGGGUUCGUACUUUGAACAAGCCUCAGGGCAUCAGCAUCCCACCCUCGUGAGCCGCGACCUGUCACGUCACACACGGGCAGGUUCCGGAAACACAGAUAAGAAUUUAUUAGCUGGCAGCUCUUAGCAAUCAGCAUUUGCACGACAGUGACCCUCUGCAGAAAACACUCUUCUCCAGGCACUCGUCAGAGCCUGAACUCAGUACGAACCCUUGAAGCUUCAGCCCCAAGCUCCAUCACCUGCAUGAAAGGAAUGGAUAGCGUGGGCCAGCCAUUGGGAGGAACUUCUUUUUGCCAGCACUUCACAGACUUACUUUCUGGAUUGCUAAAUCUGUUCUCAGCUAUUAUAUGGAAGUUGUUUAAGGACAGCAAUGAAGGCAGAGCAGUCAAGUGUCAUAGGAAAAGCUCUCAUGGGAAGCUCUGCCUUUGAACGGAUCUGAUGAAAGGUGGUCAGAAUGGAUUGCUGUUUCCCACAGAGUGCAGACAAAUGCAGACCUGGUGUGACUGAGAAGUGGUGGUGCAGGAUGCAGGGAACCUGCGUGUGGCCUGGGAUGAUAAGAGGCGGAACACGAGCUUGGCACUGGUGACCCUACAGCUAUAAACAACUCGCCGAUAGUCAGAAGGAAACACCACUUGCCAAUGCUGCAUUCUGGGCUGCGAGAAAAGGAAACCUGGCUCUCCUCCAGCUGCUGCUGAACAGUGGGCGAGUAGAUGUGGACUGCAAAGACAGCCUUGGCACAACAGCUCUGAUGGUGGCAUCUUACUAUGGCCACAUAGAUUGUGUACGGGAACUGGUGUUGCAAGGAGCAGAUAUCAAUCUGCAGAGAGAGUCAGGUGCAACUUCUCUGUUCUUUGCUGCACAGCAAGGCCACAACGAUGUAGUGAAGUUUCUAUUUGAAUUUGGAGCCUCCACUGAAUUUAAGAAUAAAGAUGGAGGUACUGCUCUUCUAGCUGCUUGUCAGUAUGGGCAUGCAAAAGUAGUGGAAACCCUGUUGAAGCACGGUGCCAACAUUCACGAUCAACUUUACGACGGAGCUUCUGCAAUUUUCCUGGCAGCACAAGGAGGCUAUCUGGAUGUCAUCCGAUUGCUGCUUUCUUCAGGAGCAAAGGUUAACCAGCCACGGCAGGAUGGGACGGCUCCCUUGUGGAUUGCAUCGCAGAUGGGUCACAGUGAAGUGGUGCGAGUAAUGCUGCUCCGGGGAGCUGAGCGAGACGCCGCGCGGGACGAUGGUACCACUGCUUUACUGAAGGCUGCCAUUAAAGGGUACAACAAUGUGAUAGAAGAGUUGCUGAAAUUCUCUCCCACACUUGGCCUGCUGAAGAAUGGGACCUCUGCUCUCCAUGCGGCUGUCCUGAGCGGCAAUGCGAGGACAGUGGCACUGCUCCUCGAAGCAGGAGCGGACCCAUGCCUGAGGAACAAGGCAAAUGAACUGCCAGCAGAACUAACAAAAAAUGAACGCAUCCUCCGCCUGCUUCGCACAAAGGAAAAGCAAAGAAAAAGCUAAUGCAGCCCUGUAGCAAAUGCCAUUUGACAGAGAAGCACCCUGACCACAGUAGCAUGACAGUUAACCUAGGUUGCCCAAGAAGGUCUUGUUGGAACAGUUUGUAGAACUGAUUAGCCUCUCCAGCACACGCUCCCUGAAUGCACAAGGUCCUCCCAUGGGCUGGGGCCUCUGCCUGGCAUCACUGAACACAGGACUGAGAGCAGGGUUUGGCCUGGGAGCUGCGUUUGCGCUGCAGCUCUGCCUGUGCUCCAGGCCAGCACCGAUGUCUGCUCCUCCAUGCCUGCAGUGUACACAUCCCCACAUGUGCAAGUGGUCCUGCCGUUUCAGGCACGUGUCCCCAUACUGGCGUGGCUGCACACCUGUGACGGGUACCUCAGGGCGCAUGUGUGGGUUGGGAGCACUCAGCCCUUGUGCCAAAAGGACGCCCAGAUCUCACAGCUGUUUGGAUGCAGUUGGUCCUGGAGCAGCCCCAUGGUGCCACUGCCCUCCCUUUGCUGACACUGCUAGCUCAGACCAUUCCUCUCUACCUCCAGGUGCCACGUGGGGCUAGAAGUGAGAUCUCACCUGCGACAUCCAACAGGAAAAGUCCUCCUGCCAGCCCAGGGCUUUGGUAAUGUUUUGGCUACUGCAUGAAGCUCCAUAAAAAUGAUCCGGAGUGUUAAAAAUUAUGCCAAAAGCUACAACCAAACAAUAAGCAAGAUGUCCUUGUCAGUUGUAGCAUCUUGAUCUGUCAAUCCGUUCAGCCACAGAAACACAGUUGAUAACAUUUUGCAGUGUGUAUGCAGUGCUAUGGGAAUCCAUCCCCAACCCUACAGUCUACAUACCUGCAUUUUUGUGGAUAGGGGAGGACUGGUUACUGAGCAAACCAACCAGGGCAUAUCAUUCACUGGCACAAGUACAAUAGAAAGUUAGCUGUCAGGCACAACAGCAAGGAUGCUGUACAAGUGGUAUAUGUAUGUUCUGCAUACGCAUACGUGUGACACUAUGGAUAGGUACCCACAGCUACUAUGCAAUGCACUUGUUCCCCAGGUCUGUGACAGGAGUUAAUGGAGAAGUGUUCAAUGUACAGGUGUUUCAACAGCUGGUGAGAGGGUUACACGUAGCUAUACUCCAACAGGUCCACCAACUAAUGCAGGCAUGGAAAAUGAACUCUCAACAACAAUUUUGGCCUUUGUUGUGGUUGAGAUGCUUAGACAUGCUACUAGUGCCUGUCUGGGGAAGGCAGUACAAAUUGUAGAUGAUUGGUGAAGAGCUAUGUUUUAACCAUGUUGCUGUAAGGCACCCCAUUAAAACACAGCAAUUUUUGCAGUAUAAACACUAUAUACUAUGUCCUGUUAGACAAAAAAACAUCAAACAAUGUUUUCCAGUGAGUUAACAUAUAAAGUUAGUUCAGUACAUGAAUCCAGGCACUUCACCCGUCUUCAAACCUUGGCAAAUUACUGAAAAAUUGCUUUAGAAGUUGAAGACAGAGAAGAUCAUAAGGAAAUAAAAUAUUACCUGCUUAAGAAAUGUCAGUCUAGGAUUCAACUGAAAUGUUGCACUUUUGCUUCGGUGAGUUUAAAAAAAAUCUCUUAGUGAGCUAGCACAAAUGAAUGUCGUUUACUUAGUGCAAAUUAGCCAUAUAUAUUACCAAAUCAUAAAAUUAUUCUUUUUGUGAGUAAGUUAGGUAGUAAGUCAGGGUUCUGAUGAAGAGAACAGAAGUGGGUGUACCUUUGCUUGCAAGCUGGCAUUGCUAUUCAAUUUCUAGUCAGCAUUAGAAAGGAAAGCUUUAAGUUUUCCAACAAUAUAAGGAGGCACCAGAAAAAUCUAUUUGUUUAGGUAAUUCAUGCUGCUAUAUUUUUAAAUUAAAAUAAUAUUGUGCCUAACAGAAACUUGCAGACAAACUGCUACAGAACCAAAUAAUUAUGCAAGAUGCUUAGUGGAUGAUUGUAUCCAGGGUUAAGUUCUGCAAAAGACUAAAAAAUACUGAAUGUGCAGAAAUCUCAAGAGCUUUAUUGGGAACUUAUGUUUCACAGCAUUGCAUGGGACUGGACUCGUAACUUCUUUAACAAGCAACUCUGGAGAGGAUAGGUUUGUUUGGAGUCCCCAGUGGGUUGAGGAUGAACAUACUGUUUCGGAGAAUGCUAGAGGGACUCUAGGCAACCUGGCCUCAAUAUUAAUCGUUUUUCCCUCAAGUUUCUUCAGAUCAACAGCUGGGAACCACCACACUCUUAAGAUGAAAAAAACUUUCAUGGUUGUAAAGAAGGAGGAUAAACACUAGAGGAUCUUCAGUAGUCAUGCUGGGUGAGCCAUAAAUACGCUUUAUAUCAGACAGGCUGUAAACAUCAAGCAAUCUUCCUAAAAAAUGCAGAAGCAUCCACUGUUGAUGAGGGUCUCCUAUAUUUCCCUGAUAGCAGAGCAAGCCAGCAGUGGUCCUGUGACAGCAGAAGUAAAGCAAGCUGAGACAAAAACAUGCAGGUGUUGUGUAUCUGCAGGUGGGCUUUCCUUUCUGUCAGGUGUAUUUUCUUGUGAGUGGUCUCACCCCAAAGGGGCAGCUACUCAGCAAAGAGCUGCUGCUUAAACUAUGCCUGUCCAUGGCAAGAUGUAUAUCUGCUCCCCACCAUUUAGAGCAGGAAUUUCCAAGUCUUGUGUCCAGCUGCCUCCAUGACUGGCCACCGUAGCUGGGGCUCUCAUGCAACAAGCGAAGAACACCUGGGAUGCUGUGUCCCUUACAGAGCAUAUUGGGCUAUAACUGGCUUUUCUUAUUUCUGAACAAAAUUUGAGAUGUGAGGCUAGCACAGGUCGAAGGGAGAGGCUUGUAGCUCCCUCCUUGCUCUCAUUAGUACAGGCUGAUACAGCACACAGGCUGGAGGUGGGGGCUCCAUGGUGGAGAACUGGCAGCAAAGUCUUUCUCUGCCCCAUUCAGACUGAAGUUGAAUCUAGCUUCAGCAAAGGCCAACACAGGAUUUCUAGGCAUGGAAACCUUCCCAUUGGGAGCACAUCUUUCACCUCAGAGCCUUUGGGGAGAGGGCUGGGUUUGGUCUUAGCUUUGGGUUCCCUGUAACUAAAAGGUGCUUAUUCUGCCUGUAGGUGGACUUGAAGAUUGCAAUACCAUUUCUCUACCAUGAAUUUAACUUUCCACAAAGGAACCUUAUUAACGCUCAAUAUUUAGGUAGCUGCUGUUAUCUUUAAAGUGCUCAGUAAAUAAUCUAUGGUUUGUUGUUCUAAAACGGAAACUUGCUUUCCUUUCCUGGCUGAAGUGAUUCACUAAUAUUGACAGUAGUUCUUUGCAUAGUUGUCGUGCCUUUUGUGUAAGGCUUUCAAAGUGCUCUGCAGACACCAUUACCUUUGUAAGUUGUAAGGUACAUUGCUGGAGGAGGCAGAGAAAUAGAUUAUUUCAUUCACACACCAGUGAAAUGAAGCAGCUGUUCAUCAGCUCAUGUCAAUAGACAAGAGUAAAUUUAGAUUAGAAAUUAAGGGGCACCAAAUCCAUUUCACAGACUACAAGAUGAAGGUAGGUACCAUAUAAUGAUGUGAAAUAGAACUGGGACAAGAUAACAGGCCAAACUGGGUUUUGGGGUUUCUUUUCCCCUAAAAGUGCCAUAUAUGUGUAUAUAUCCAUCUUGCACCCCUCAAAAGAGCAGCUCCACUAGCACGCUGCUUUUAGGCUUGCCUCUCUGCACAUGCCAAUCCAGGGGCCCAGCUUGCUGUCCUCUCCACCUGGGAUUUAUUCAGGUGCUAUAGCCUGGUGACUUCCCCUCAGCUGCAAGUGAGUACAAAGGAUGUGCAACCAAGAACAGGCUACACUAAUGAGUCAAAGAAAAGUAUACAGCAUUUUUCUUUCACUAGUAUCAAGCCAUUGUGUGAUGGGGAUGAACACAAGGAGAGGCCUGUGGGGUGCAGAGAGAAGUGGCAUCCCAUAAGUGAUAUGGCAGCAUCAUAGCCUCAGAGGUCCCAAAUACACAGAGCUCUUCAUUUAAGCUGAUCGCUGCAGUGCAGCGUGCAGGAACAUCUAUUUAGUAGUGAUACAAAAGGCAAUGUUGUACCUCCUGACUUGCACAUGCUGUUCUUCACUUGGAGCAAAACCAUCUCACUAAUGACCCAUGCACGUUUGUUUAGUUUGAAACAGCUGAAAGGACGAGAGCACCAGGUCAAAACAGCUGCAAGUCAUAUUUAAUGCACUUUAACAACGAUGGUGAUUUGCCUCAGAGUCAGAGCCUAACUGCAAGAAAAUUCAUGCUUUUAUUUCAGACAGUUAUGGUGACUAUUGGGAAAUGCAUAAGUAAACCAAAUUUCAUGUUGUCUCAGAAAUUUCAGAAUUGUACAGAGAAUGAGGUAGCACAAAUCCCGGCCCAUUUGUACUUCACUUAAUAUGAACACUGAACAGACAUAAAAAUACUGCCUUUGUCUGGAACCCUUGAGUCAGCAGUGUUAAAAUGCUAACGUUUGCUAUGAGUCCAAAGAUUAUACACAAAGCUCUUUUUUCCAGCAACAGAAUAUUGUAUUACACACACAGGACUAAAUGGAGUUGUGCCUUCUCACAGUGGCUCUGCAUUUGGUCCUUGGAAAUAUGAUAGUUUCAUAAUUUUCUGAAUUCCACAGUUUCUUUUGACCUGCCCUUUUAUGCAUUUGAUAACACUUAUAUGAAUUUAUGUAACUCUGUGUAAGACUAAUAUUCUGCAACAGGAAUGUUGCUUUGCUAAAACACCUUUUCCCAUACUAUCAUUUCAAUAAAAAUUAAUA